AUGAUCGCGGAGAAGUUUUUGGCGAAAAACCAAAAAAUUUUUUGUGCGUUCAUGGACUUGGAAAAGGCUUAUGACAGAGUGGACAGGGAUGUGUUAUGGCAAACGCUGAACGCAUUUAGGUUGAGCGCUGGUUUGAUACAGGCAUUAAAGUCUCUGUAUAGGGACUCGAGUGCUUGUGUUAGAAUCAACGGGGUCUACUCGGACUGGUUUGGCAUCCAUAAAGGUGUCAGACAGGGCUGUGUAGCUUCCCCGUGGCUGUUCAACCUAUUUAUGGACAGCUGUUUGGAAAAUUUGAAAGUUGAAGAAUGCGGGUUAAGAAUGGAUGAGUUAACCAUCAAAUGCCUUUUGUACGCCGAUGAUCAAGUCAUACUUGCGUCGUCGGCGGCCGAGUUGCAAAUGAUGGUUACAUUAAUGAACAGGUCAUUAAAAGAAAGGGGAAUGAAAGUGAACGCAAGUAAGACGAAAGUGAUGGUUUUUGAAAGAGAUGAAAGCAAAACGGUAUGUGAAAUAAGAAUAGAAGGAGAGUUAAUUGAGCAAGUGGAUGAGUUCAUAUAUUUGGGAUGUGUAUUCAGCAGGGAUGGGAGAUAUGAUAAGGAUAUUGAACGACGAUUGAAUGCAGGAAAUAAAGUAAAUGGGGCUCUACACUCUAUUGUGAAAAGUCAGAAUGUGUCAAAAAAGGCACGUAUGGCAAUUCACAUUGCUGUAUUAGUCCCUACUUUAACGUAUGGUAGUGAAAGUUGGGUGUGGCGGAAGAAGCACGAGAGUAGAAUAAAUGCAGUAGAAAUGCGGUCGCUAAGGAGUAUGUUAGGGCUGAAUCUGAGUGACAGGGUGAGAAACUGUGUGAUAAAAGAAGAGUGUGGUUUGCAAGAUGAUGCGGUGACCAGGAUUAAGAAAGGAAUGCUUCGGUGGUUUGGUCAUGUAGAAAGAAUGAAUGCGGAAAGACUGACAAAGCAAAUAUAUGUUGCAGAAGUGAAUGGAAGAGUCGGAAAGGGACGUCCUAGGCGGAAGUUUGUCGACCAAAUUGGCGAUAUACUAAAAAUGGGCCAAAUUAAGAGUACCCUUAACCGACGAGCAUGUAUGCGUAGGUAUAUGGAUGUGGAAGAGGCGAGAAAGGUAUGUCAGGAUCGUGCUAAAAGUCUGUAG